GACACCAUCACCAACAAUAAAAGCGACAACAGUAAAAACAACAGCAACAACAAUAAAACCAUCAACCUCACCAACAACUGUCCAGACGACCAUGGCAACAACUCCUGCCACAACCACACCCACUGGUUAUCGCUCAACCAUCAUGACUGCAGCCUCCUCUAGGAUUGCUCAAACCCCAAUCCUCACCACACCUUCAACAAGGAGACACGAGAGACCGCUUCACUACCUCCCUAGUACCACCACCCAACCUUUAACCUCACCACAGCCCCCUACAUCUCCAUCCAUAUCGGUGAAAAGACCCCAGCCGACCUCAGCACAUUAUCCUGAACGUCCUGCGGCACUGACCACACCACGGAUGCCGUAUUGGAGCCAGAGGACCACAGGAUCACCCUAUAAACCCCAGAGACCCCCAAUUAACACAGCACUGCCUAAAACACAAGAAGAGAUUCUGAGGCUUGGAGAGAAGUUGGACAACACUGGGGAGGGUAACCAAGUGUAUAAAAGGCCCAGAGGAAGAGGUAGAGGUUACGGUUACAAGAGAGGAAGAGGCAGAAGGUUACGUGUUGGCUCAGUGCGACUGGUAAACACUGAUGGUUUAUCAGAUCGAGGUAGAGUUGAGAUCUUUAUCCGUGGGGAGUGGGGGACGGUGUGCGAUGACCUUUUCACCAGCAAGGCGGGUACGGUGGUGUGUCGACAGCUAGGCUUCACAACGGCCCUGGCGGUGAUGAAGAGGGCUGCGCUGGGGGAGGCGGACAGCAGCGUUAGGAUCCUGUUGGAUGAUGUGGAGUGCCAGGGUUGGGAGAGGUCGCUGCUGUGGUGCAAGAGAUCCAUUGUCGGCAAGCAUAACUGCUCACAUGAGGAGGAUGUAGGGGUGAUCUGUGGUUAGUGCAGAGGGGUGAAGUGAGGGGAAAAAGGGAAAUGUAGGAAAGAAAGGAGGAGACAGUGGAGUGAUGUGUGGUUAUUAAAUAAAUGAAGCGACAGGAUGAGGAAGGAGCAAGAAGAAGAGAGUGUGUGGAGAAGUUUGUGAAUUUCCUUCAAGGUUAUGAAGUGUAUUUUUUUUUAUGUUUUCCUGUUUUACAUUCUGAUAAUCAGUAUUUCAACCCCCUAACCACUGCAAAAUACAGUUGUCCUUAAAACACUUUACAUGCACUUUUCACACAGAAGAGAGGAGUGCAGAUAAAGGAAAAAAGGCACAUUGAUACUUCAGGCCCUGUGUUGACUUAGUCUGAUCCUAUUUGAAGAGAAUUUCUUCUAAACUCACUCAGUCCACUUUUGGUAAAAACAGAGCAAACAAAACAUAAAUGAUACUAGUGAAUAUUAAUGCAUUAAUGAGAACCAUUGUAAAAUUUCAGUUACAGUAGUUACACGUAUUGCCAGUCAAUCUGGUGACUCACUUUAAUCUUAACUUGUGUAAGGGUCUGGUCACAUGAGCAUUUAUCAGGUUAAAUCAAGUCAGUUCAAAGGAAAUGCAGCCAUCAGUGGAGUCUCUCACACAGAGACAUGAGCUCUGACACGCAAAUUCACACUGUUGACCACUUUAUAUAACCGUACUGCCAGAGCGUGAACUGCUCCACAAAAGAGAGGCAGCAUCACUUCCAUCUACUCCUGUCAGUCAAGAGACAGGAGUGGAUAGCGCGUUCCCUUGAAUACAGUAACUGUGUUAACUUAUUGUACAGUUAGUGACCGAGAAUCCAGGAAGUCACUAUGUCACCGAGCAUUAAGCACCACUUAUUUCAGGAAGACACACAAAUGAAUUUCGUCAUACCACUUUCUGGCACUUAUUGCAAAACUCUUAAGUAUUGUUAGUAAAGAUAUCAACAGUUGAAGAGUGCAACUGAUAAUGUGGACAAACAGUUUGAUGUUUUUGGGUUUAGCUGUUCAUUUUUUGGAGAUUCAAGCAUCAACAAAUUUUCUGGUCAAAAUGUACUAAGUGAGUUUUGGAGAAAUCUUUAUCACAUUCUGUUUCUUGUGUUUACAUAUUCACUAGAUAAAAGCCACCAUAUCCUGUUAAAAUAGUCAAAUGUUCUGAGAAGAUUUGUAUUUUUGUAUUGUAUGAUUACAGCAGGUCUAUUUUCUGAAGCCAUUUUUUUUAAUAUAAUAUUUUCAUUCUUGAAUGUAGUAUUAAAAUUAAGAGUUUUAACAAGGAAAUGCUGGACAUUAUGUACUUUGAAUGUAAGAAAAUGUUUCCAGUUUUAUAUGAAAAAAUAUAUUGUGGACAAAGAGUGCUUGUGAUAUUGUGAUUUGAAUAAAGUUUACAGCAAAAUAA